CAAACACCUCAAGUAUAGGACAAGAAAACGCAAACCUUUGCAAAGAUGAAGCAGAGUCUCUGUGCUGUCGGAAAGCGAGCUGCAUCGACUCUGACCAAGGAAGCUGGAGAUAUCAGUUCUGUCUUCCCCUCCUUGUCGGGUAAGAAGCCAGACCCGCUUCCGCCAAGGUUUAGCCAGUUAAAGAAGGAACUGAUUCGGGGGAAUGAGAACGCCAUCAGAAGCUCCUGGCAGAGGCUCGUAGAGAGCCUGCAGGCCGAAGUACACGAGAUCAAAUCAGCGGGCAGUGAUGUCAUCCCCGUCAUUGACUAUCACGAGGUCGCCUCGGGGCAAGUCCCCGAAGCAAAGCUAGCCGAGAUCCGCCAUCGUGGGACAGUGGUCGUUCGCAACGUGGUCCCAAGAUCCCAAGCGUUGGACUUGAAGCACCGAGCAAAAGAGUACAUCGCCGCAAAUCAAUCGAAGGUUAGAGCAUUCCCUGCCGACGACCCUGCCGUAUACGAGCUGUACUGGAGCCCAUCUCAAGUCGAGGCGAGGGCCAAUCCCAACCUGCUCAAAACGCAGUCAUUUCUUGCGUCCUUCUGGCACUCGUCUGAUCCAAAGUCGGAGAUCUCAACGAGCUACCCUUUGUCAUAUGCAGACCGAUUUCGCAUUCGACGGCCAGGCGACGCCAAAUUCGCCCUGGGUCCGCACACAGACGGGGGUAGCCUUGAACGAUGGGAAGAUCCCGAGUACUCCCACGUGUACCGGCCCAUCCUGCAAGGGCAAUGGGACAGGUAUGACCCAUUUGAUGCGUGUCACCGUAUCAAUGCAAAGAUGGACAUGUACAAUGGUGCCGGAGCCUGUAGCAUGUUCCGGCUGUUCCAAGGCUGGCUGUCCAUGUCAUCGACUGGGCCUGGAGAGGGCACAUUGAAAGUCUGCCCUUUGCUACGACAUGCCACGUCUUACCUGAUGUUGAGGCCAUUCUUCGACUUGGAGUCAGGCAGGCUCAAUCUUGAUGCCACAUUCCCCAACUCAGUGCCUGGAGCUUGUCAAGAAUACAACCCCCAAACACAUCCACACUUGGAGCUCGACUCAACCAUGGUCAGCAUGCCCCAAGUUGAACCUGGGGAUUAUGUUGCGUGGCAUUGUGACACCAUUCACGCCGUCGAUAAAGAGCACGUAGGUAAGGGGGAUAGUAGCGUUCUCUAUAUCCCCGCCUGUGCGAUGACGAAAUCCAAUCUGGAGUUUCUGGGGCGGCAGCGCAAGAGUGCUUUGAAGUACAGUCCACCUCCUGAUUUCCCAGGCGCUGGUGGUGACGGAGAGAUCGGGUUUCACGGCGCGAUCGAUUGGCAUCAAGUUAAUGCCCAGGGGAAAAGGGCAAUGGGUCUUGGGAAUAUGCCCUGGGAUGUUCAAGAGGGGAUGAGUGAGGGAGAACGUCGAGUCAUUGAAGAGGGCAACCGUCUGCUCUUCACCUGACUGGCGGCAUCAGAAAUCCGGUCAGUGGACAAGGUGAGACAAGACAGUGUUGCAUCAAGGCUGGCUGUGAGACUUCACAGGGUAGUUGAUGUAGAUACAGUCACGGGAGAAGAGUUUUUAGGAUCCACAUAGAUGGGACAGUGUUCUGUCGGUACAGGCAGUGACGUCGAGCAGCCAUUAACAGUGGAUGUGAAACAAAGUCACUGCAUGUGGGGAAGACGCAAUCAGUCUGCCUUUACCAAGAUCUGAAUCCUGGUAGUUUCAGGAGGACAUCGAUCGACAAAAGUUGAGGAGGUAGAGGAUUCCCUGCCGAUGCAGAUCUUCUUCAAAGCCAAGUUAAAUGCUUGAGGUCCAAUGGCCGCCUGAAGGGCUUCUACGGUCAAUUUAUGCGCAAGGUGCCGGGAACAUCAG